CUCUAGUCACCAAUACGACCACGUUACUACGAUUGGAGCAUUGUAUAUAGUGACGUCACUCUUUUCCUCUCUUUCUCAAUCGGCGUCUUUCUCAUCAGGAUGAAGACGGAGAUCCUUCUUCUCCUGAUAUGCCUCGGAGCUGUCACUGCUCUGACGAGGAAGCAAGAGGCCGCCGAACAAAGCCGCCGAAAGGUUGCUUCGGCAACAACGCCGAAGAAACAAGAGCCAGAAGAAGAAUACGAAGAUGACGAAGAACUCCUGGACCAAUGUCCAGAACCCAAUGGAUAUUUUCCAGACGCAGAACAAUGCGAUAAAUAUUACGACUGUCGAGACGGCAAAAUAACGGACAAAUUGUGCCCUGACGGUCUCGUUUUCAAUGAUUUUAGUCCGCAGCACGAGAAAUGCGAUUUACCAUUUGGUAUCGAUUGUACAAAGAGACCUAAGCUACAAAAACCACAACCAUCACCACACUGUCCUCGCAUGCACGGUUAUUUCGCUCAUGAGGAUCCCAGGAAUUGUAAUACCUUUUACUAUUGCGUGGAGGGCAAGUUUAACAUGAUUACUUGCCCGGAGGGUCUGGUCUUCUCCGAAAAGACCGGCAUCUGUAACUGGCCGGACGAAGCACAGAAGAAGGGCUGCGGUUCCCGCGAACUCUUCAACUUCACUUGUCCGAAGGUCAACGAGUCGGUGGCCGCGACGCAUCCGCGUUAUCCUGACACUGAAGAUUGCCAGUACUUCUAUGUAUGCGUCAACGGUGAGAUACCGAGGCGAAGUGGAUGCAAACUCGGCCAGGCGUUCGACGAACGCAGUGGAAAGUGCGACUGGGCCAGAAAAAUACCCGAAUGCAAAGACUGGUACAAGGAUCAGCUGACCGACGAAGAAUUAGACGCCUUGGAGAAUCCACCACCCAAACCCAAACCUACUGGUGGACCAAGCAGAAGAAAGGGUAGCAGACCAACUGUAUAGAGUCAAAAUUUUAGAUUAAACAUAUAGGUUUUAAGUUUUUUUAUUUUUAAACCAUUUUAUUGUAUAA